UUCAGUGGUUGCAGAAUAGUAUCACGGAAAAUCUUUAACAUUUGUCUACUUUAGUUUUCAAGAAAAUAACUGUCACUUUCCACUUUUAUAGAGAUACUACAGAGUAUGAGAACUUAUUACAGUAGCAUCGACAGCGCUUGCAUCCUUUUUGUUUAACUGACUAUUGCCUAGCUGUUAAACAAAUCACUUACUGCGUAAAUUAAUAAUUUGGAUUUGAUCGUUUCACUUCGAAUUUGACCAUUUCAUUACUUUAUCAUUAACGUGAUGGAGAAUAAUACGUGAAUGCAUUGAAAGGAAAGGCUAUGCUCUGUUUUUAUUAUUCAGCAAGAAAAACAAAACCGGAACAGGAAAUGAGUGUGGAAGCUGAUUUGUUCGUUAAGAUAUACCGAGCUGCUGUGCACGGUGGGCUGCAUCCCAGCAGCAACAUUAUCGUCUGUCCAUAUUCCAUCGAGCAUAUUUUAGCAACUCUCUUAUUUGGCGCCAAAGACAAACUCCGGGAGGACCUGAUGCAACUGCUGUGCUCUGGCAAGCGCUCUGUCGAGGAUCUGCGUGCGGCAUUAUCCGUCACGAACGAUGAUGGAGCAUUCAGCCAAGUCAACGCGAUUUUCUAUAGCAACGCGCUCACCUUGAAGCCAUCAUUCAAAAACGUCAUUUCCACAAUAUCCAAGGUGGUCUUCGUACCCGUAAACUUUGAGGAUGCCGUCGCCAGCCGAAAAGCCUACAACGAGUUUCUGCGCGACCAUGCCAGCGUCGAGAUGGCUGCUGUCCUCCCGGAGAGCGACAUGGUCAGCGUUCUCGACAACGAAAACACCUGUCUUAUAGUGGUUAACAUGCUGGACUUCUCCGCGCCCUGGGUGCGACAAUUUGAUGAGGAAGACACGGCGGACGGCGUCUUUACCUGUAUGAACGGUGACAAAAAGACAGUGCCGUUCCUGGUCUCCGCCUACACGACAUGGCGGUCAUUCAACGUCAUGGAAAAGACGUCCUCCACCGAUCCGCAGAUGGUGAUUAUGGAUGCUGCGGAGAAACGCUACAGCAUCAUGCUCCUCCUUCCGCCCGACACUGACGGGUUACGCGCAUUGGAGGACAGCCUAACGGCCGAACAACUGCGGACAUGGCGACAGGAGAGCAUUCCGCAGGCGAUGGUGCUGUCUUUACCGAAGUUUCGCAUCACUACCAAGCUGGACCUGCAGAGCUGCAUGCUGGCUCUGGGACUGAGCGAGCUGUACACGACCGUAACGGGCUUCUCCGACAUGUUCGGCAGCAGUAGCCUCAUCGGCGUCACGGAGUUCCGACAAAGUGUUGUAUUCGAAUUUGACGAAAUGGGCGUUAAAUCCCGCGUGGCGACAAUGUUUGGAGCAGAAUAUAUGUGUGUCCCUAUUCCCCACUUCCGGGCCAACCGGCCGUUCCUGCUGGUGGUGUGGCAUAAUCAGCUGGAUCUUCCGCUUUUCAUCGGACGCGUUAUGGAUCCCACGGCAUAAAGCCGGCACAGUCGAGGGAAAAGUCAUCCACGUUCUUGCGAAUCUCACUGCCGCAGUGGCCGGAAAUGGCUUGGUCACUUUGAGCAGAAAACAUAGAACUGUAGUUUACUACGUCAGGCAAAUACGUUACUGCUUCCUUUCAUCGAAUACGGUAAUUCUACUAAAACUUACCAGGGGCAUUCCCGACCACUUGGCACUCUGAUCAAUUCGUGCUUAGUAUCAUCAGAAUCCUCAGAAAUUCUACAAUUUUCUUUAUAAAUCAAAUCAUCCCCAAGUUAAUGACUGGAAUUUAGAGAUCUCAAACAAUUCAACGCGGAUAAAACGCACUUUAAAAGAAAACAGUCUAUAAGAACCUAUCUGUAAAAGUCAGCUUAAACAAACUCUGGCCAAUCUAAAAAUUAAUACUGUAAAGUGGAAUAGUUGUGCGGGUCUCAACAUCCGGAUAUCUUCCUGGUCACGUAUCUCAUAGACUCGUACAUGAAGCAGUGCGUGUUAUUUAUAAGCGUUUGUAAUGUUAAAAUGAGUCAUUUUAAUUAUUGUCCAACGCGCAGGCACUUUUAUGUGCGGUGGCUGUGGCCAAAAUUAAUAAAAAUGACGUUUGUAACUUCAACUUG